UUAACAUUACAGGGUUAAAAAGUGCGCCAAAAAAAUUAACAUGUAAACGUCUUAAGCAAUCAAAAUAUUUUUUAUGUAUUCCAAUUGUAAUUAUUUGCUUUUCAGCUGGGAAAGGACUCUUUUGUAUUUCCAGUGACGUGAAGGCGGAACGUUACAUUCGUAGUUUCAAUAAACGUUAGCAUGAUGGCGGAGGAAGCUUCUUCGGCCGUUGGAGCGGCUCCCGAUGUAAACACAGCUGGAAACCAGACAGAUAUCGCCAUGGCGUAUCUUCAAGACGAGAAGACUGAUGGAGACAUCGCUCACCUCAACCUGGGCGAGCUAGACCUCACCACUGAUGAGUAUAUCCUGGAUGAAGUGGACAUUCACAUUCAAGCUAACCUGGAGGAUGAUCUGGUGAAGGAGGCGUUAAAAACGGGUGUCGACCUUCGUCAGUACUCCAAACAGGUAGAGUCUGAGCUGCAGAGGAUUGAACAGGCCUCUAUCAAAGAUUACAUCAAGGAGAGUCAGAACAUCGCUCUUCUGCACAACCAGAUCACCGCCUGUGACUCCAUCCUCGAGCGUAUGGAGGGCAUGCUAAGUGGCUUCCAGAGCGACCUUUCCUCAAUCAGCAGUGAGAUUCAGACUCUGCAGCAGCAGUCGGUCAGCAUGAAUGUCCGGCUGAAGAACCGGCAGGCCGUACGCAGCCAUCUCAGCCAGCUGGUGGACGAGCUGGUGGUGCCUGGAGCCAUGAUCUCCACCAUCCUGGACAGUCCUGUGACAGAGCAGGAGUUUCUGGAGCAGCUGCACGAGCUCAACAACAAGAUCAACUUCGCCAAAGAGCUGAGCUUCAGAGAGACGCUGGCCUGCUCCGACAUCCAGGACAUCGUGGACCGCCUCAAACUCAAGGCGGUGUCAAAGAUCCGAGAAUUCAUUCUGCAAAAGAUUUACUCGUUCAGGAAGCCGAUGACGAACUAUCAGAUCCCACAGAAUACUCUGCUCAAAUACAGAUUUUUCUACCAGUUCCUUCUGGCCAAUGAGAGAUCAGUGGCGAAGGAGAUCAGAGACGAGUACGUGGACACGAUGAGCAAAAUCUACUACAGCUACUUCAAGUCGUACAGCGGCCGCUUGCUCAAAGUGCAGUACGAAGAGGUGGCAGAUAAAGACGACCUGAUGGGAGUGGAAGACACGGCCAAGAAAGGUUUUUUCUCCAAACCCUCUCUGAAGAGCAGAAACACCAUCUUCACUCUGGGUCAGCGGGGGGCCAUCCUCAGUCCUGCAGAGCUGGAGGGGCCGAUCCUCGUCCCUCACACAGCCCAGAGAGGAGACAGUAGGUAUCCGUAUGAGACGCUGUUUCGCAGCCAGCACUACGCUCUGCUGGACAACGGCUGCAGAGAGUUCCUUUUCCUCUCCGACUUCUUUAUGGUGGCAGGAAACUCCGCCCUCGACCUUUUCAACAGCAUCAUGGGAAAAACUCUCAGUAUGUUUCUGAAAAGCAUGUCCACGUACGUGUCCGACUGCUACGACAGCAUCGCCAUCUUCCUCUGCAUCCACAUCAUCCUCCGCUUCAGAGCCAUCACGGCCAAGAGGAACAUCCCGGCUCUGGACAAGUACUGGGAGGCGGUGCUGGAGCUUCUGUGGCCGAGGUUUGAGAUGAUCCUGGAGAUGAACAUCCACAGCAUCAGAAACACAGACCCUCAGAAACUGGGAGUACUGGACACCAGACCACACUACAUCACUCGUCGUUACGCAGAGUUCUCGUCGGCUAUCGUCAGCAUCAACCAAACGUUCCCCAACGAGAGAACCAACGCCCUGCUGGGACAGCUGCAGGUGGAGGUGGAGAACUUUGUGCUGAAGAUGGCGGCAGAGUUUCCCUCUAGAAGAGACCAGCUCAUCUUCCUCAUCAACAACUACGACAUGAUGCUCAGCGUCCUCAUGGAGAGGGCAGCAGAUGACAGCAAAGAGGUGGAAGGUUUCCAGCAGCUGCUCCUGGCCAGGACACAAGAGUUUAUCGAGGAAAUUCUGUCCGCCCCAUUCGGAGGCAUGAUUGCCUUUGUAAAGGAGGCUGAGGCUUUGGUGGAGAAAGGGCAGCUAGACCGACUGAAGAAUGAGGAAGCUCGGAUCACUCAGCUUGUUCGGGGGUUUUCCAGUACGUGGAAACAGUCGGUGGAGGCCAUGAGUCAAGAUGUGAUGAGGUCCUUCACAAACUUUAAGAAUGGAACCAGCAUCAUACAGGGCGCUCUGACCCAGCUGAUCCAGUACUACCACGGCUUCCACAAGAUCCUGAACCAGCCGACGUUCCGCAGCCUGGCCGUCCGCUCCGAGCUCAUCAACCUGCACCACCUCAUGGUGGAGGUGAAGAAGCACAAACCAAACUUCUAACAUGGACACAGGGAUCUCAGCCCUGAUGGAGGAACUCUUUAUCGUCGAAGCAGACAGUUUUUAAAACAGAAAAUCGCCCAACAUCUGGAGCUGCUGAUUCCACCUCAUACCUUCUAGAACAAUGUCUGACUGUUUAAAGACUUUUCUGCAGCAUCACUCCCAUCUGAAACACAAAAAUCACAUCAUAGGUUAUUGGGACAAGCAGGUUUCCUCAAUGAAUGUGAACCAAGUCAGAUGAUAGAUUUAUUGACUCUGUACAAGCUGCAUGUCUCUUAAAUUCAGUUAAUCAGCUACAUAACAGGUUUGAAUCUUUGAUUUUGGUCCUGGUCUGUUUGAUGCUGGUGGUUUCUGUUGUUGGUAAAUCUGUUUAGAUUGUCUUAUACACUAAAACAAAGCAUUCACCCAGGGUUCUCUUUGGCUCUUAUAGCUUGAUACUUUCACAACAAAUGUAAAAUUCCUGAAUCUAAUGUUUGCUGUAAGCUGCUGAUUGAACCUUCAGAAAAGUUUACAGCCUCAAAGACCUCACACUGGCGAUUUUGUGUUGUGAUCAGUAAUUGAUGAGGCUUAGUAACUUUACUGUGAACAGGACAGCAACCCUGCUAAAACUCGGCAUCCAGCAGAAAAUCACACUGCAAAUACUGGCUGCUGAUUACCGAAUGGUGAGAGUACAGGGUAGAUUUGUGGCAGGGCAGAUUGUAGAGAUCUUCUAGGCAGUGGACGAGUGUGAGGCCCAAUGAUUUGUGUCAAUCAUCUUUGAGUCAGAGUGGAUGCUAGUGCAAAGUUUGAAGAAGAAUCCUUAAAGUGUUUCUGAGAUGUUAAUCUUUCAAGACCCUAACCCAUUAAAAACAUUUCUAUGAGGAGCUGUGCAUCUCAUGAGUGGAACAAGCUCAGUUGAUAUACGUUCGUCUGACUUUAGACCAGGUUUUACAGGGUUUAAGCUCAUUUUACACACCCAUGGAGCACAUGGGGAAAGAGAGGGUGAAGACAUGCAAAAACAGUGCAAGACCAGGAUUUGAUCCUGCAUGUAGUGCAUGGAGGACUAUAGCCUAUGUAUGUUUGCCUGCUCUACCACUUCAGCUAAACCAGCACCCAGGCCAGUUUUCAUCAGCAGCUGUAUGGAGGAAAUCUGCAAAGGUAGUCGGUCUAAGGUCACCAAUUAACACAGCCACUAAUUAAAUCAAUACACCAGGAAUUUUAGGUAUGUUAAUGGUGGAAAAUUUUGGGGAAGUAGAGCCCAGACGGUGCUAGUCUGAUCAUGGAUAUUCUGUUUCUCCAUGUUUGCCCACAUCUUACACAUCAGGUAUGUGUUGUUUAUGCCCUGAGCGCUCUGUUGUGCCCUCUUGUGGUGUCUUCCAGUAAUGAGUCGUGGUUUAGCAAGUAUAAGAACACUCAUGAUGUAGCCGUAUGUCUGAAACCUAAACAUACCGCUCAUAAUGAUGUAAAAACUUAAAAAAAGUAAAUCAGAGAUUGCACAUUUGUAAGACUGAAAAGUGAAAAUGCUCAUCUAAAAUAUUCCUGUUUUUGAUUAAACUAAAAAGUACAGAUAGUUAAUCGAAGCAGCUAUGAAAAGCCCAAACUUGAACCAUGAAGAGGCAUGUUUUUGUAUUCAUGUGUGCUAAUUUCUAUUUACUCCAGCAGAAGAAAGGAUUAACUGAUCAUUGUUUUAACUGCACUACUGAGAGAGAAGCUCCUUACUUGAAUUGAUGUUCUUGUGUGUGUCCUGCAGCUUCAGUGAACCUCAGCAGGAGAGAAUAAACCUUAAAAAGGCAGAGGUCAAAUGUGUUGCUGUAUUUUUCUUAUGAUCGAAAAAAUCAAAGAUAAAUUUGACCAAUCA